AUGAAGAACAAGGAAGAACACAUUUUGACAAAUUACCAUAAAUCCCCUACGAAACAAUGGAACUGUCAGGGCUGCUUGAAGGGACCUUUUACCUACAAGCAGCGCCAAGACGAACUAUUCAUGGGAACGUACAAUGCACCCAUGAUUUGCUCACAAACGAUUAGUACCCACUACAAGCAAACCCCCACCCUUGUCCUCAAAGCAAAAAAAGAUGAGUCACCAGACAUACGCGACGCGUCGCCUAACUUUAAGGAAGUCGCGCUAUAUCACUACUAUCAGGCUUUAUGCAAAGGUCUAUCCCACCCAUCCGUUGUUGAUUCAAUUUUCAAUAUGUAUACAAAUGCGCAAUACACUAUGUCAGUUAAUUUCUUGUUUCCCACUGAUCUAGAAACCAUCUGCUUUUGGCCUUAUUCCAGGAUCCUUUCAGGCCACAGUCACGAACCUCUCAUGAACAUCCUCAAUUGGAUACCUCCUGCUGGAAUUUCUUUGUCAACUUUCCUUCAUGACCCACUGUAUAUCACAGUAUCAAUAAAUCGGAAUUCGAAUGUCACUGCAAUUUGCAGCCGUAAAUAUAUGCAAUAA